AUGAGGAGACUUCUCGGCAAGGUCGCUGUCGACGCCUCACCCUCGCCCUCCUCCUCUGUCGACCAUCCCACCGCCCCUCACCCGACCAACCUCGGCGUCAACUCGUCGCCUUAUUCCCAGACCGGCACCCUCUACCGCCCCAGCCGCUCUCAAGAUGCCUUCCUCGACGCUGGUUGCCCGAUCGAUUGCCUCGACCGCUCCUCGGACGGACGCAGUGCCAUCCUCGCCGGACGUCACAUACUCAAGAUUGUCCACCUGCAGGGCAGAUCGAUACAGGCCGGCAUCGACUUGCGCGCGGCCAUUCUCGCCCAGCCCGUCGUCAAGAACUCCACCGUGUCAGUCGCCGACCAGCUAUCUAUCAAGGAUGUCAAGUGGCUCAAGGGACGAGGUGAUACAACCAUCUUCACGGCCUGCGCCAACGGCAAGAUCUUUCAGUAUGACCUGACGCGCCUGGGCGGCGGUGCUGAUGGCGCGCCCAUGGAGGUCAUACACAUGAGGGAAGACUCCCGCCAGAUCAAUACGCUCGAUAUCAAUCCGCGAUCCUCCAAGAUGCUCGCCGGGAGCCAGGACGGCAUCGUGCGCUGCUUCGACAUCAUGAAUCCUGUCCGAACACACACCGGCCACCUGACCUUCCGUGCUAUACAGUCCUUCAAGUGCAACGCCGGUGGCAUCCAGUGCCUGCAGUGGUCCCCCAACAUUGAAGGAGCCUUUUACUUCGCCUGCGGUACCGAUCAGGGUGUUGUAUUGAAGUGGGACAUCAGGAAAUCGACUGCGCCCGUGUUGCGCAUCAACGCACACGACGCCGCUUGUACCUCCCUUGCCUGGCACUUUGAUGGAGACCACUUAGCCAGCGCGGGCUGGGAUAAGAGAUGUUUCGUCUGGGAUGUAUCUGCAUCAGCCGACAAGCGCCAGAAGCCCAAGUGCACCAUAUAUACUCCAGCCCCGGUCGCCGACCUCGCAUGGCGGCCGGGCAUCUGGUCCGCCACUGCCCAGGGGAAACGGGCCGCCCAGCUCGCAGUCACCUACGACGACAGCAGCCGGCAGGGCCUCAAUCUCUGUCACGUAUGGGACCUGGCAAGGCCUACAAUGCCCUUCAAGAAGCUCCAAAAUUUUGACGCACCACCUUCUGCCCUCCUCUGGCACGAUCAAGACCUGCUGUGGACCGUUGGCCACGAUGGCCUCUUCAACCAGUUCGAUAUAGCCCAUGCGCCGAAGGCCGUCGAUCAGAUCCCUACCUCCGCGCUCGCAUUCUCCUCCCACGGAGAGGUCAUGGCCUUCCUCGACGAGCGGCCUCCGCUCCGACGACCACAUCCGUCCAUCGUCCCUACCGAGAUGAUCCCACCGUCAUACAGCUCUAGCCCGACGGCAGGUACCAUGCUGAGCAUCAGCCGUAGCGACUCGGACGACGAGGUCGCCGGCAGCUUCUUGGGCGCGCGCCGGGCUCGGCCAAAGCAGAGGCGCGCGCCGACCACCGGGCGAUCGGCUCAGAUUCACAUCACCACCCCUCCUGGAGCCCCAGACGCCCCGAUCCUGGCAUUAGCCCAGUCGAUCAAAGCGGCUGGUCUCUACAAGACCCAACAAGCCAUGGCCGUAGGCAGAGUCCCCUCGGCAGACAAGUUCCAUGUUUACAAGUACCUCUCGACACAUUAUUUGGAGACCCUCCAGGACUUGCUGCCUUGUAGGAAGGAUGCAGGCUCCCUCGAGGACCGUGUCGUGUUGAUACUACACCACUACUCCAAGGCCGCAGAGGCCAUUGGUCUUUUCCGCCUGUCGCAGACAUGGCUCUUGUUGGCUCAUGCUGUGCAGCUGCUGCUUCCGAGGAGAGCGCAAUACCAUCUCGACCGACGAAGCGGCGAGCUGGAAAGAUCAGAGAGGGCCAGGCGGAAGCUUAAACCCAAAUCGGCAUCCAAGAACCUCGGUGCCGACCAGGCAGGCUCGAGGGGGCCCAGCCGUGCCUCGGUGGCUGGCCUGUCACCCUCGACCGGUACCGAGAAGGCGGGCGCACUUCGCUCCUUGUUAUCAGAGGAGUUCGAGAGCACAUCAAAUGCCCCUACUCCUCUUGCUCGGCCGGUGGAUGAUGAACUUAGCCAAUCCAUGGAAAAAAGUCUUGCUCAUGCUGAUCACAACUUUGCUUUUGGGAAGAAGCUGACGCCAGUGCAAGAAGGCGCCAGCUUCGCACUCCCUGCACCGCUGCAACAGCGCCCAUCGCUGCGGAAAAGGUUGGACUCCGAACCCAUCUCUACCCUGAGUAACGACAGUGAUGCAUACGCGAGCACCGAGGGCUAUGACUUCUACGAUACAGAGACCAUCAGCAAAGCCAUUGAUGUGCCCGCGCUGAAUGGUCAUGAGGGGUUUGAGCCAGGGUCUCGUGGCAGUGUGAGGAGGUUCAUCGCGAGGCAGGACUCGGACGAGAGCUACGGCCAGAUGUUCUCCAUCUCCAGCGGUAGCAGGCAGACCACGCAGCUUGCAGCCUCGAUGAGCGCGAUGGCAACGCAAUCUACGGAUGAUGAGCAGCCCCCAAUUAUCACACAGACCACCAUGGACAGCGUCAAUUCUGAGAAGGGAGAGUCACACCCCAGGCCUGACAGCUAUCCGCAGGACAAUUCUCAGACGGCGUCUGUUGAUUUCCUACCGUGGUGGGAUGAUCCCCCGUACCCGUACCCAAUCGCCUGGGAGGAAGAGAGAGCAUUCGGCUCGCCGAGUCCUCUCAACCCCUCAAAAAUCGUGUCGUGGGCUCUGGACUUCGAGACCAGGUCUUCAGCUCUGAAUGCUUCUGCGAUGGUGCUCCUCUUGAGACCGCUGCUCCGCGACGACAACGUGAUCGAUCCUUUCCAGGCAACCGCCAUCCUCAAACAGCACCACUCUAGGCUUAUGAGCAUGAAGCUGUUUACGCAGGCAGCGGUUCUCCGGAAGUUGUGCGUCAAAGGCUGGCCUGGCGAGUCCCUCUCGGAGUGGGGCGACGACUACCCGGCCGUUUUCAGACCAGCGCAAUUUAACAAUACGGCCGCCUUCAUCUGCCCUACCUGCCACAAGCCUAGGGAGAUUGACCGCCGUCGAACGAGCAAAAGACCGAACCCAAUCUGGCAGUGUGAGCGCUGCUCCGCAGUUAUGGCCCCGUGCGCCAUCUGUCGUCAUCGCGAUAUGGCCGAAGCCACCACCGCAGUCGACAUCACCUCCGACCUUCUCUAUGCGUCUGGGGCCGAGCAAGAAGACGCUCCCUUGUCGACAUGGUGGUACUGCGGUGGUUGUGGGCAUGGGGGCCACGCGUCGUGUCUCCAGAGCUGGCACUCCGAAGUUGAGAAUGAAGAGCCCGAAUCGUCUGUAGAUGGUCACGGCACGAGUCUUUUGUCAGACGGCUGCUGCCCCUUCGAUGGUUGUGGACAUGCGUGCCUUCCAGGGAAGUACCGGGCCGAGUCCACUGUAGCAAGAACAGAGGAGGUCAGUCGUUUAGUCAAGGAAGUCGGUAUAUGGCAGGAUCGCUCAGCAACGAUGAUAUCAUUGUCGGCUCACGAGGAAGUCGACGACGAGGCGGCGAGGGCAGCCUCGCCGAGGGCAGCGUUUAUAGCGACGCAAAAGACAUCCCACAGAGCCGCGCUGUAGAGUCUGCCCGUGAGUCACUGGCCAGUGGCGGGCUGAGGCACGCUGCAUCUGCCAUUCAUCUCAGCGGUGCCAGCAGCGAUAACAACGCUGGUCGUUCUGGCGCUUCGCUUGGUCUGAGCACGAGUCCAGGUCGGGCUGGAGUAGGUGAGCGAGAACGGCGCAAGAGCGUCAAGUUCGGCGGAAGCACAGUCUUGUCUGAGGAGACGGGAGUGCGGAAGCAAUGAACACUUAUCAUGCACCCUAGUGCCAUUGUCAACCCUUGGAGGCCCCUCGUCCCUGGCGCCUGGGACGUGAUGGGCAAGAUAGAAUGUGACGCCAGUAACCACG